GGUAGUUGUCCUAAAAACAAUAACGUAACAGUCAGACUGUCAAGUCAAAAGGGCGAAAUGACUUUUGCAAGAAUAAUAUUGAAGUCCCGUAAAGUUGAAAAAUUAACAAAUGUAGUAAGGCAAGAGAAAUUUCAAGCGAUUGAAAUAGAUCAAGGGAGAUCCCCAAAAUAUGGAUUCAGUCAGAAAUGCCGCCACUUUCUAAUUCGUGAACGUCUACGUUUUAAGAAAUGUGUCAAAGAUAUAUUUACAUUUCCUACACAUUCUUACAUCUACAAGUUGAUGUAUAAAAUCAAGCAUGAUGGCACUUGGGAAAAUACUAUCAUGAAAAGUAUUAUUGGAUUUAUUUCAGGUUUCCUUUUAACAUACAUGUUUUUCAUGUUCUUUGUGCUACAACUGAAUUUCAAAUUAUCAACCGCUACGUUAAUGUGUUGCAUCUUUGGUACCAUUUUGACUUUAGGAUUGACAUUUAGUUACAAAAUUCGUUGUGUUGUUUUCCUGCUUCUCCCACAAUUCUUCUCGAAGCGUGGUCGUCAAGCCCUUAUGGCUUACGCGUUUAUACUUGCAAUAACUGGACCGGCAAAAAAUACACUUCAAAAUAUGGGUAUUUUAAGUCAAUCCUUGGCUUGUGGACAGGAACAACUGAAGAGUGCCGUAAGACAAAUAGUAGAAGCGAUUAAGAAACCAUUUUAUGCAAUAAGGGAUGCGAUUAGAACCGUUGUAAAGUCGAUUAAGGUUAUUGUUAAGAAAAUUAAGGACGUUCUGUUAAGAAUCAAACGAAUUGUUUUGACAAUAGUAAGAGUAAUUAAGGCAGCUUUCCAAUUUCUUGGAAAAAUUCUCAACAUAUGUAAUAAAGAAUUGGGAACACCAUUUCAAAGGUGUAUGAGGGUUUUCGAAGAAGCAAUAUUGGACUGUAAUGCAAAACUUGGUCCAUUAUUUAGUUGGUUAUGUUCAAUUACGUAUUUGGUGCAAUCUGUAUGCUAUAUAGUGAAGAUAUUUGACUUCAUUUGCAUGUUGGUUGAUUUCAUCAGUGAUUCUAUUGUUGGAGUCGUGAUUAAAAAAAUAAAAACAUUUGUUCGUCACAUUAAGACUAUGUUUUAUGUAAAGCUUAAAUUUAGUCGUUCAUUUGCUUUUGAAACGACUCAGUCAAAAUCCGUUAGCGAAGUCGCCGAAGGAAUAAUAACAGAAGUACGAGAAAGGACGGAGAACUUGUUAGCUGUGUUUGAUUUUAUGAGCUGCGCUACCAGUUUAUUCUUUUUAUUUAUUGUUGUGCGCGUCUUACACUAUCGUUACAAAUUUUUAACAAGUGAUCGAUUCGACAAUCACUUCAUCACAAGAGAUCUGCGUAACAUUGACAUAAGACGCGCACAAAUGGAAAAAGAAACAAUUUUACCUCUAAAUCAUAGAGAAAGGGCAUUAUAUAUUAAUGUCAAUUCUAUAAGGCUAGUCAAAAUUGAGAAACUUAAACUUUCUAAGGCCGCGGUUGCCCUUUGUGUGAUAACACUGAAAUUGUCCACGCAUAUGAUGGCGGACUACGCCCUUUAUUGGGUGUUAAUGACGAUUAGAACCUAUGCAAGAUUUCAAUCAAAAAUGGAAGCACCAAACGUGAUUGGUCUGCACAUAGAUGGAAAUGGUUUUAUUGCUAAUCUUCUUAAAGGGAUAGUAACCGCAUUUCAACCUAUUGGACUUAAUUUAGAAAUUGAUACAAUUCCUUGCUUACCAGAUCCAAUUCCACCUGACUAUGAUCGUUAUAUUCAAAUCGCAUCUCUCGUUCUUUUAUGCUGGAUUUUAACAAUUUUUGAACCCUACGGCCUAAGAUUAAGACACUCAGUUAUGUGUUAUUAUCAUCCGACAAGGGCGCGAGAAAGAUCAAUUUGGUUGUACAAUCACAUAAUGAGAUCGCGGUCGUCAUUCCUAAAGUUCGCCAGAAGACAGCUUCGGCGAAAAGUGAUUGGAUCACGUAAAAUUACUAAGAUCACUUGUAUAGAAUUUUUACGCGCUAAUAUUAACUCAAAAUACUUACGCUUCUGUUUGGGUUCUGACGAGCAGAUUGCCUGCAUUUUAUGUGGGGAGGUUUUUAGAGAUACGACAGCGAUACGAUGUGAAAAACAGUCAUGCCCAGGUAUCUACUGUGAACAGUGUUUCUCUGAUUUACGAAAUCUAUGCACCGUAUGCAUGGAACCUAUUCAAUACGGAGACUUAUCCGAUAUUAGUGAAGAAAGAGAUUCAUCAGAUGGAUUGCAACGCCAUUCAUUCACAGAAAAGUUUAAAAGAAAGAAAAAAUAUAGAUCUAGAUGCAUAACAUAUAACAUCAGCGAGAGUGACAGUGACGACGACCAUGGUUUGACCUCCAUAAAGCGUCGAACUAUAGACGACUUAUCGGAACACUCCUUCGCCCACUCCGAGAAUGAAAAUGAAAGUGACAAUUCUUACAGUUAUCAACAAGAAAGGAACUUAAGUAGUCAAAGUCAAGAGUCAAAGAUUUUUCAAUUUCGUGAUGUAGAAGUGCAAAAAAUACCAAGUUACGCAUCAAGGGAUGACUCGUUGAACGAAGUACCCAGUGACGUAGAACUGCCUGAAGAAAUGAAAUGUGCUAACACAACUCCUGCUGAAGGCGUACUCCAAAACUUCAAAAUAUCAUUUUCUCGAUUUUAUACAAUGAUUAAUGGUAAACUUCACGACUUUCAAAACUUUAUUCGAAUGAAACAUAUAGAAAGCGAAUUAGUGUCAUGCCGUUGCGACGAUAGUGAACCUGUCAUUCGUGAGGAUGUCUCCUCUGAAACCGGAUCCCCGGUGGCCUAUGGUAGCGUCAAGUCCGCUUCAAUGAUGUGUGAUUACUUCAAGCAUAAAGUUAAACAUGAAACCAUGAACGAAUCAACAAAAUCCUUAGCUAGUUCUACAGUUAGUCCAUCCACAUCGUCUUCAUCUUCCGUAUUGAGUACACAAAGUAUGACUUAUGAUGUCUCUCCAAAUAGCUUACAAAGCACGAGAGGUCCGCUGGACCAACUGAAAAACAUCGAAAGAAAGAGAAGAGUUGAAGAGGUAAUAAAAAGUAAUAAGGAAAAUUUCGUGAUGAGAAGCAAUGACACCUUGGAACGUAUGGACGCCAAUACGGAAUUGUCUCAACUACUGGCCUCUAAUAAAGAUGUUCCAAGGUACCGGCAAAGGCUAAUAGACUAUUGUAGGCCCGUAAAAAAGUGGUUAGAUAGCAAACCGCUCGUACAAAGUGAUAUUAAACCCGCAUCGCGUUUAAAAAUGUUGUUUGGCAAAAGAAAACCUGUUCCUCGUGUAAAAAAACCUCUGGAAUCCGGUGAAACCCUGGUCUUACUAUCACCAAGAUCCAUCAACGUCACGUCGGACACACAAGAGAGUAGGUUUUUGUCCUCCGAUACUUCCAAUGAAGGAAUAACAUAUAGCGACUUAAAGACCUCUUCACACAUGGCUAGUACUCGAAAUUAUACGCAAGAAGGGGUCGACCGCAAGAUUAAUUUUGAAUCCAAUUGGCAAACUGUGGAUAUCGAAUCUACUGACUCUGAACUUUCAGAUGUAGAUAUAUUUUUCGGUAAGUCAAAUAAAAAAAUUAGGCGCGCAAUAAAAUUGAAUAAUGAUGCUGAUAGCAAAAGAGAAACAAGCAUAAUUGAAGAAAGGAAAGAAGAAAACUUUUGGCGACAAUCAGCAGAAAGGGACGAAACUCCGUCUAUUAUUAAAUCUAACGCAGUAUUCAAACACAACCCUACGCAAGGUACUACAGCGCAGCAGCAACAUUUCGAUAAGAUGUCAGAUAACGAUAACCUGAGUGAUAUCUCUGCGCGUAGCCCUGGUGGUGAUGAGUACGACAAUCCCAACAUUCAUAAUCCAAAAUUUUUACUCAAAAAUUACCCGCAUAAUAUUAACAAGUGUUUUCAUACGGAUAAAGCGCAUUCGUCUAAUUGCUGUCGAAAAUGCUUGAAAAAUCAAAGGCGCUCAUUUAAUGGAACAAGACAAACCAGUUAUGAUCCUGCAACGUUACUGCAACGCAAAACACAUCCAAGACAAAAGGAAGAGGUCAGAUGCACUUGCAAAUCCCAACCGCUGUCCUACAACUGUCCUAAACAUGAAAAGAAUAUGUCUCACAAACUUAAUAUAUUUCCAGAAGAUUGUGGAGAUGACAAUAUCCAUACAUAUACUCGUAUAAAGCAAAAGCAUAAUUACAAAAAUUCACCGCCGCCUCCGCGCCUAACCAUACAGUAUCAAGAUGAUCAAUGCAGCUGUUGUUCGGACUAUUCCGGACACUCUGAAUUUCCAGAGUUAGUUUAUCAACACACGGAGGAAUUUUUGGAUUUGGUGAACGAAUUGGGAGACACUUUAUCUCUAAGAAAUAAAAAUCGUGUGGAGACCACUAUAAGGGAAUUUGAAUAUUUAAGUAAACAUAAUAAGAACUUAGAAAAGCCCAUAUUUGGAGAAGAUACAGAGGAUGACAGCCGACAACGAAGUCCGAGACAAGAAGCUUGUUUCUGCGACUGUUCGCGACGAAUUAGUCGGAAAGAUCAACCAAUAUGUUGCAACAAAUAUCACGCAAAUGAUCAAGAUAUCAUACGUGUGAGGACACAGUAUGCCCCACAUAACGAAUGUUCUAGAAUGUAUAAAAAACCUAAAUCGGUUCCUUGUUACCAACGCACGUACAACAGUCGGUGGCAAAGGGAUGGUCGCACCGGCAAGUGGUACAGAGUGUGCAGUGAUGACGCUGAAGAUAAUGGAUGUUUACACGAUUAUUCAAAAUCUCUAUAUUUUCCUCCACAACCGCCACCACCUCCACCUUUGCCCUCGUCUACUUUUGUAACGUGUGAAAGAAAUAGACGGUAUAAUGGGCGACAUAAUUCAAAAUACCGAGAAGAAGAUCGUAAGCGUAGCUCUCGCACUUGUAAAUGUUGUAAUUGUACUCAAACCCAAGAUGCGUAGUAA